AAACAAUUUCAGUGGAGUAUCUGUUGAGAAAAGUAGCAACAAGACAGAGCUACAAAUGUCGCUGCUCUUCAACGCAGAAUGGGGCUUCUUGGAAGGCAUUGUGAGGGGCUUCAAGAACGGGAUGCUGAAGCACUCCGACUACCUCGCCCUGACGCAGUGCGACUCCAUCGAAGACCUAAUGAUGAGCAUCCAGGCCACCGACUACGGCAACAUCUUUGCGAAUGAUCGCCACUUCAGUGUGGAUCUGAUUGAGAAGCGGCUGGGGGAGAAGCUUCUCCACGAGUUCAACUACAUCCGGGCCCACUCCACGGAGCCAUUGAGCUCGUUCCUCGAGUACAUCCGCUAUCCGUACAUGAUUGACAACGUUUCCCUGCUGAUUUCGGGCCUGAAUAACAACAGGCCCAUGAAAAGGCUGCUCGAGAUGUGCAAUCCGCUGGGCUACUUCGAUCAACUGGCGGCCAUUGAGGUGGCCGUCAGCUCUGUGGAGCUCUUCAAUGCCGUGCUCAUCGACACGCCACUGGCCAAGUUCAUUCCGCCCGAGUUCCACGAGGAUACCUUUAGCGAAAUAGACGUGGAGAUUGUCCGGGGCCUGCUCUACCGCUCCUAUCUGGAGAGCUACUACGCCUUCUGCCAGGGCCUGGGCGGGACCACGUCUGAUGUGAUGUGCAAGCUGCUGAGCUUCGAGGCGGAUCGCCGGGUCAUCACCAUCACCGUGAACGCCCUGCCCACCAACCUGACACCCAACGAUCGCCUGAAGAUGUACCCCACCUGCGGCCAACUCCCCGAUCUAGCCCUGCGAACCCUAUCCGAGAUCGUGGACUACGAACGGGUGCGCGAUAUGUGCAACUUUGUCGGCUAUGGCGACAUGUUCGAGAACAUCGAGCGGGACACCGACGGGCUGAUCGGGCUAGAGGAUCGCUUCCUCAUGCUUGAGGCCAAGAACAACGUUUACUCCUAUCUGCAGCAAUUCCACUACGGCGUCUUCUAUUCCUACGUGAAGCUGAAGCAGCUGGAAGUACGGAACAUCAUCUGGAUCUGUGAGUGCAUCGCGCAGCGUCAGACGGAUAAAGUGAAUGCAUACAUUCCCAUUCCUUUGGAUUGACUCUUUCAUCAAUUGAAUUGGGUUUCCAUUAAGCUUUGCGUUUUGUGUUUGGUAUCCUUUAUAGUU